GCCACCAUCUCUCAUGAUGUCAAUCUAACCUCACUCUCAUUUGUCAUUUUAAACAUUAAUAAAUAAAUAGUUAUGUAUAAUAUUUUUAUUGAAACAAUUUAAAACAACUUACGCACUUAUUAUGGGUCUAAGUGAAAAUAUUAUUAAAUGUGUGUUGUACAGGAAUAGUUACCAAAAUAUAUCAAAAUCAAUUAAGGUAAUAAAAAGAUGUAUGUCUUCAAAAACUACCGGCUUACCGGUGGAGAAACAACUAGAAAUACCUAUAAUAGUAAUGAGAGAACAAGAUCAAGUCGAAGUAAUAGGUCCCCCUGAUCCCGUUUCGAAUCUCAGACCUAUCAGGAGAAAAACACUACCCAAUGAAACUGCUUUACAAACUAAACUAAGGGAAAUACAAAAUGAUACAGAAGAGUGGAAUCAGAACUUCUGGGCUAAUCACAAUAAGAAGUUUAUCAAGGAAAAACAGGAUUUUAUCAAUAUGCUUCUAAGACAAGAUAAAGAUAAACAAAUCACACCAGAUGAGAUGAGUGAGUUUUAUAAAAGAUUUUUAGAUGAAAAUUGGAAAACUCAUGUGACAUACAACAAGGAAUGGUAUAUCAGAAACUUAAGUAUAUUGUGUUAUUCAAUAGGCACCCAUAUAGAGAAAUAUAUAGGCAGUUUACAAAAGAAGUUUGCACACUAAAUGUAAAUGUAGCACAUAUAUAAGAAAUAUACUAUUGUGAAACAAUAAAUAAAUAUAAUGCAAAAGAGUAUGGUGAGUUUGCUACAUUUAAAAAUGUGCAUCUAAAUGUCUAUAUAGAGUGUACACUUGUUUAUAGGGUAACAUACCAUGUUAUUUUUUCUUUUUUAUUUUCUUAUUUGACGUUUCUCAGCUCCAAUUUUUUUUCCUUCCCACUAAAUUAUACUUCCUAAUUUCAUUUAAUUCUUUCUCUCUUACUUUCACCAGAUUUUUGAAAUCUUAUUAAACAUGUUAUACAUAUGCCCAAACUAUUUGAAUUACCACCCCUCUUAUUGUGGAGACAGUUUCUAUUAGUUAUUAUUUAUGAAAUUCAAUAUUUUAUUUUAUCUUUUUGGGCGUCUGGUGUAUGGUGAGGCGUCGAUUUCAAGAAGUGUUGCUGGCUAAAUGGGCGCAGUUCCCAAAGGCCAUAAAAGAAAAAAAAUCUUUUUGGGUAUCCGCCAUAUCUUCCUUUCUUAAAAUAAUAUUUCCAUGGUAUUAAUGCUUGAUUUCUAUAUACAGGGUGUUUCAUUAAUAAUUCUCCAUAUACUAACUGAAGAAAACUUAGCACAAAAUACGAAGAUUUAACCUAAAACACUUAAAAUUAGUUCCUUACUGAGUUACAGGGUGUUUUAUCUAAAAAUUUAGAAACUAUUUUUGCUCAGCAUUUUAAAACUAUUCGACGUAUCCUUUUCAUACUUGGCAGAAAGUGCGACUACUAUAUACCCUUCUAAAUUAUGAUAAACAAACGUUUCUAGCUACUACCAGAGGCGUACGAUAGAGGAUAGUGAAUGGCCAACCCUUCUCAAAUUCUACGCCACUGGAGUAAUUACUAUUUUAGUGCCAUUUUUAGAUUCUCUAAUACUUUCUACAUAAAUAAUAUAGUCUUCAUUGGUAACUAUAAAGUCAUUAGUUUUCGAGAUAUUUGAAGUUAAAUAUGGAACGGCACAGUUAUUUUGAUUAAUUUAUGAUAUAUGAUUCAUAUGAUUAAAAUUUAAAAAUUAUUUGUACCCAGUACUUUAAAACUAUUUGGCGUAUCCUUAUCAUACUUGGCAGAAAGUGUAGGUACUGUACACCCUACUGAAUUAAGAUAAAUAAACGUUUCUAGUUACUACCAGCGGCGUACGACAGGGGAUAGUGGCUGGUUGACCCUUCCCAAAUUCUACGCCACUGACGAAAUUGCUAUUUUAGUGUAAUUUUUUUAUUUUCCAAUACUUUUUAUGUAAAUAAUAUACUCUUCAUUCGGAACAAUAAAAUGAUUAGUUUUCGAGAUAUUUGAAAUUAAAAAUGAAGCGACACAAUACAUUAAUCAAAAUAACCGUAUCGUUUCAUUUUUAACUUCAAAGAUAUCGAAAGCUAAUGACUUUAUCGUUACGAAUGAAGAAUAUAUUAUUUUCAUAGAAAGUAUUGGAGAAUCCAAAAAUUGAACUAAAAUAGUAAUUCCGCCAGUGGCGUAGAAUUUGAAAAGGGUCAACCAUUCACUUCCCCCGUCGUACGCCUCUGGUAACAGCCAGAAACGUUUGUUUAACAUAAUUUAGUAGUUGGUACAGUACCUAUACUUACUGCCAAGUAUGAAAAGGAUACGUCGAAUAGUUUUAAAAUGCUGAGCAAAAAUAGUUUUUAAAUUUUUAGAUAAAACACCCUGUAACUCAGUAAGGAACCACAUUUUAUUUAAGUGUUUCAGGUUAAAUCUUCGUAUUUUGUGCUAAGGUUUCUCCACUUACUAUAUGGACAAUUAUUAAUGAAACACCCUGUAUAGUCUUUUGAGUCCCUUUUACUUUACAGUGUCCGGACUGACACAUCUUUUCAUAUGUGUCGACCAUUGCUUCUUGUUAUGUGCUAAUCUGCUUGCUUCUGCUAUUGUUUUUCCCUUCAUUUGAAUGAUUUUCGCGACUGCUGUAUCCCAAUCUUCUCUAGGCCUUCCUCUAGUUCUUUUCUUUUGUAUCCUGGCUUCCCAUAUUUUCUUCAUCUGUAUGUUAUCUUUCAUUCUUUUCAUGUAUCGCCACCAACUUAUUGUUUUUCUUCAAUAUACUCAAGUACUGAUUUCGUCUUAAGAUCUGUCCGUAUAUCUGUGUUUCUUAUUCUGUUUCUCAUUGUCACUCCUCUAUCUCUCCGUAAACAUUUCAUCUCUAGGGUUUGUAUCUUACUCUUUAGUUUGCUUGUUAAUAUCCAUGAUUCGAAGCCGUAUGUAAGUACUGGUCUAUAAUAUAUGAUUUUAAACACAGUUAAUUUGGGUUUUCUUGUAAUUUUUUUCUUGUUUAAGAAGUUAUUUUUUAUUGCAUGGAAUAGUUUUGAUGUUUUACUAAUUCAUUCUUCAAUGUUCUUCUUUGUCUGUCUUCCAUUAUUUUCAAUUGUAACGCCUAAGUAUUGGAAAUGGGGCCCUUGUUCUAUUUCAUCUCCAUUAAUUUGUAUAUUUAUUGCGAGUUGUUCUUGCGACAUUACCAUAGUGCUUGUUUUAUUUGUUUUGAUUUUCAUACCAUGUUUACAUGCUUGAUUGUUAUUUAUGUUAAUUUUCAAGAUUCAAUACAGAAUUCAAAAAAAAAAUUAAGUUUUUAAGGUAAAAUGCAUCUACUUCUCAAGGUAAUCUAAAUGGACAGGUCGUCAAUUAAAAAAUCCGUUUUGAAUUCAAGAAGCCAUAGCAUGUUUAUUCUGUGGAAUAGUCUUUCUUUUGUUUUCAAGUUUAUUCAUGUUGUGAAAAACAUACAUUAUCCAUUUUUAAGAAGUUAUGUAAUAAAACUUUUUGAUUAAAUUCUUAUUUCUAACCAGUGGCCCAACGUAACAAAAAUCAUUUGUAGCAUUACCUUCUAUGGACUAGAAACGAACAAUAUAUUGUUUAUUUCUUCUAUAUUCCCACUUUUUCUUACAAACAUUCGCAGAAAGUUGAAGAUUUCCAAUUGCAUUAUAUUUUCUCCAAAAAUUUGUAUAUUAUUGGAUUGAUUGAACUUGUAAAUUGUAAAUAUUAUACAUAAUUGUAUUAUUAGUAACUUUGUUAUAAAUAAAAUUAAUUUAUAUUUAUCUUG